CAAAAACCAAGAGACCUCUUAAUUAGUAAUACCCUGGAAUUUAAACUAUGGGGAAUCAAACUCAUUUGUGAUUUUAAUACAGAACUUCUUUAAUAUGAUCCAACAAGAUGAGUUCCUUAAUGUUUGCAAAGAGCUAAGAUACUACCAUGAGAGUAGCAUAGAAAAGUCGAUGAGGAAUUAAAUAAUUCUGUAUUCAGUGCAGGGUUUUAAUAGAGAGCAGUAGAUAAUGCACGGGGGGGGGCACAUAUUAAAUGAUGAGAACAGAAAGAGAUCUUGAAUAGCUACUCAUUCACAGAGCACCAUCCAUCCUGUGCACUGAAUGAAGCAGGAGUCCAGCAGAAAAAACAGUAUGUAACGAUGUAAUUAAAGACUGUAUCAAAAUGUACAAGGUGGUGAAUUAAGGUUGCAUGGGCAACCUUAAAUCUGGCAUUUCCAAAUUAUUGAGUGCUUGAUUUUGCAACCUUAACAUUCUUUUUUUAAGUGUCAUUUCAGACUAUAACAUGCUAUAAAGCUCAGCAGUACAAGGCCCACACAGAAUCAUCACAGUUCAUAGAGAUCUUUCAAGUUCCUGUGAGUUUCUCAUUGAAUCACACCCAGCUUCCUCAGUUGUCUAAAACCAAAUCUAAAAUUUCUGUUCCACUGGAAAUGAAUGAAGAUGAGGUAACCUACUCAGCUCUGAAAUUUGAUGAGUCUAGAAGGCCAAGACCUGGUGACAAAGGUACAGUACGUAAUAAAACAUUAUUGUCCAGAAACAACAUCUAAUGGUGUUUCACUCAGGGUACCUGGUAGAAAACUCAAAGUAGCCUGAAUACGGCUCCUCUACCACUAAAUAAUCUGUGCUUACAAAGUAAAAGAGGUCGGCUGAUAUAUUUUGCCAAGGUCUUUCUUUUCCUUACUAAAAAUGUUCUGAUUUUAUAGCCGUGACCGUUACAUUUCAAACCCAGAUCAGCAACUUGUGUGUUUGUACAAGGCUAAUAAAGAUUACUCUGGCUCUUCUCUUUGCUUAAUUUCAUACCCAGAAAUUCAUCAUGAAUGCAACAUAACAUUUAAUUCCUCAUGAUGCAUGGAUUCACUGAUUAUUUUUCCCUUUAAGGAUUACGUUAACCAUCAGAAGCUUAUCAAAAGCAGACUAAUAAUAAUGGCCAGUAGAUGAGAUUUCUCCUUACCUCUGGCUAUCACUCAAGAUUCAGCCUUCUGAGGAUUUUAGAUCUGUAUCUUUGCAAGUUUCUUGCAUGAACAUCUAUGUUUUAUCAGCAGGGGUUAGUGGGUUUUCACAGUAAACAAGUCUGUCUAGAUCAGGUUCCAUGCUACUCUCAGCUUCUGAUAACAUUGCCCUUGCUAGGGAAUUUGUCUUAGCUAAGGCUUAGUUUGAACCCAUGCUGUGAUGAGCCUAAGUGUCCUUCGCAUUCUGUGGGGUGCUCUAGUCAAAGGUUUUCAAAAAAGUGCCUAAGAGUCUAUGGUAAUUUUCUAAUGUAGGUUGUCAGGAUCUGGUCUAACAUAAGAGACCAUCUCCUUUCAGGCAGCUAGCCUCCAGGGAAGGACAAGCAUGGUCUACACACCAAUUCUGGUCAACCACUGCAAAGAGACACAAAGGGCAGAGGAAGCUCUUUCUGCCUUCUUUCUCCCUGCAGCUGUGCACUGGUUGGCCAGAAUCUCACCCUAAAUCUCUUCAGUUAGUAAGAAAAAGUUUCCAUCACUUUUGGAUGCACCCAGCCAGUCGGCUGACUUGAUUUCUCAUUUUGAAAUGCAUGAGGCAUAUAAGUUCCUGCAGAGCCCAGCCUCUCCGUGCUAAUGGAACUGCCCUGGGUAGAAUGAUACUCAGGCAUGUCCUCACGCCAGCCCAUCUCAUCAAACCCACCAAUAAAUUCUCGUAGAACUUGUCAUUCAGACCACACCAGGCUCCUUUUACACGUGUGACUUGUCUUAGCUAUUCACAUCUUGCAGUCCCUAAUACAGAUGGAGCUUCUUCACCCACCGUUGGAAAAACAAGUGUCUUCACAACACCUUUGUAUUUUCCAUGGCUAAUAUCCUACUUACAGGGAAUGUCUCUCCACUGGGCCCUGUGUUAUUUUCCCUCCUCCUCACCAUCUCAGAUUUAUUCCUGGUAUAAUAUUGCUGCUGGCAGCUCCUGCAUCAAAUUAACUGUGACAAGGAUCUUCAUUCUUCAAUUCCAAAGAUACUUACAAUUUGUAUUGCCCUCCCCAACUAUCGAUAUGGGACCCUGUUUUCAGGAUCAGCCCCUCUACCGCUGUGUUUGUAUUAUCAACCUUCCCGAUGUCAAGUCUAAAAUUUCUGUCUCUAUAAUCUCACCAGCAACACGUAAGGAAUCGGCAACGUGCCUGGAACCGAACUGUCACACCCCAGCUAAGCAUCAGGGAAGCCAAAGACCUCAAGGUGCGGGAGACAAAGAUCCUCUGCCUUCUCAAUGGCUGCUUACUACAGUUAUCCUUGGGAUUCUCUGCCUGCUUUUGUCAAUAGCAACAGGAGUUUUGGUUUCCAAGGCCAUUCAGCAGGAAAUCCUCACCCAGCAGGUGGAAAAUCUCACCCAGCAGCUGAAGUUGUGCCAAAGCCAAACCACAAACCACCCAGGGACUUCGCAGGAGCUGCUGAGCAACAGAGGGGACAAAUGUCCAGUAUGGUGGAUACAGUCCAGUGACAGCUCGUACCUCUUUGCUGCUGCAGACAGAACUUGGGAACAGUGUCAAUCCUCCUGUUCAUCUCAGUCUGCCUGGCUGCUUAAAACUGAGAAUGAGGAAGAGAAGGAUUUCAUAAAGAAAGAAUCCUAUCUUUAUUUUGAAAUGCGUCAAGGCUUUCAAUAUUAUCUCUCUUUCUGGAUUGGAUUAUCGUAUGAUUCCAGCUCCAGGACGUGGGUCUGGGUGGACAGCACAGCUCUCUCCUCUGGCCUGUUUGAAAUCCCAGAGGCUGAUUACCAGCAUUAUCGGCACGGAGCUUGUGCCUAUAUCCAAGGUGGAACUGUCAAAGCUGGAGACUGCAGAGAAACUCGAUUCUGCCUUUGUGAGAAGAUGAAGGAUUUGUCAAGAACUUGAACUACCUCACUUGGAAGAGGAACUGCUGGCCUGGGGCAGUCUGCUAAACCAAACAGAUAUGGGAAAAUCUCAUUUCCUUGCUUGGUAAUUUCCUCUAUCUGCUCUUUUAUGUUGCGUGUGUGAGAGUUGACUACAAUCUCCUUCCCCUACAGCCUAACUUCAUCUGCUGUGGCUGUAGUGGGUGGAUAAAUCUGCAUAUCUCACCUGACCUAAUGUUAUUUUCUUGGCUAUAUGGGGUUUUUUGAUGCAAUCUUAGGAACCACUGGGGUAAACUAACUCUCCAGAGCCUAUGGCAUGUAGAGACAUGUGUGUGUUACACAGUCAUAGACAUGAGCGAUGGAAAACACCUAUGAACUCCCCUAGUGCAGCUCCCUGCCAAUACACUGUCACCCCCUAUUGUAUAGAUUGUAGUGUCUGAUCCUGUCUAAUUUCAAGAGUUUCAAGUGCCACCAUGUCCUUAGGCACAUCAUAUCUCUGAAACAUGAGUUGAAUAAUUGCUAUUAAAAUAAA